UAGAUUUUACGAAUAAAACUUAAAAUAUAUUUUGAUACGAAUUUGGUAAAGCAAAAAUGUUGGUGGUUGGUCUAUUGCAGCGAAGACUCCAAACUAUAGGUCUAAAUUACGCAUUUUUACCCAAUAAGCGUUAUUGUGAAUAUAAGAAGCAUGUUCCAAACGUAUUUUUAUUGGGUGGUGGCUUGGGAAAAUUACAAGGUGGUAUUAAGGAGGAGGAAUACUUUAGUUCAGUCAAUCACAGUCUGAUGUGCAAAAUACGCGAACAAAUGAAGGGCACAAAGCAUGCAACUGACUAUUUACAGAACUGGGAUGAAUACCAGAAGACACUGGAUCAUGCAGCUCUGUAUAAUACUGGCUGCAUGAACAAGCACAAGAAUUGUUUAGAGGAGGCAUUUUUUAUGAAUGAGUCUACUGAAUGCGUUAAGAUCUUGAAUAGCCGUGUCAAGCCUGAUUCCGAAGUUAUUGUAAACGAUCUAGUUGCAAGCUGCAGCGCUAUUAACGAAUGCCAAAACAACGACAUGGAGGAGGAGUUUGAGCCCGAAGAGCAAUUAAAAUAGAUAUCUUUCCAACAACUUCAAAUACUGACAACAUAAAAAAAUAACACCGCAGGCAUGUCACAAAGACUGUUGCUCAUUUAACCAACGUUGUUUGUUGUUGGUUAUGAGGACGGUUUCGGUGACAUCUGAUCUUGGCCUGUUGUCUAAACAACACCAUUUCUUUAUAAAAUUGUUAGUUCCUCAUGUCGUAAUUUAUUAAAAUUAAAAAUAAGUUUAUUGCCCUGCUAAA